AUGAGCAACACCGGCACUCUCAACGCCGAGGCCGUGGCCAAAGCCCAUGUGCCCGAUGCUGCCAUCCAGGGAACUGAGAAGGAGAUCAUGGCCGGUCGGGGGUCCAUGGACGUGAGCCGGGUCAAGUCGCACUCGCGCCCCGCCACGGCCCAACAAGACGCCAUCGCCGAAACUUCGGACGACGAGUCGUACGCCGACAAGCCCACCGAGGAGGAGCUCCAGACUCUUCGUCGCGUUUCCGGCAAGAUUAAGUGGUCUCUCUACACCAUCGCCUUUGCCGAGCUUUGCGAGCGUUUCUCGUACUAUGGCUCCGCCGUCCUUUACACCAACUUUGUUGUGCGGGAGCUGCCCGCUGGCCACCCCACUGGUGCCAACCCGGCUCCGGACGGCAAGACUGGAGCGCUUGGCAGGGGACAGGCUGUUGGACAGGCUGUUUCGCUGCUGAACCAGUUCCUGGCCUACAUUUUUCCCCUCGUCGGUGCCUACGUUGCCGACGCCCGUCUCGGCCGUUAUGUCACCAUCCACAUCGCCAUUGGUGUUUCUACUAUUGCCCACGCUAUUCUGACAGCCGCCUCUGCCCCCGAAGUCCUCAAGAACCCCGACACUUCCUUUGGAGUCUUUUUCCUUGGUCUCCUGUGUCUUUGCAUCGGUACCGGUUUCUUCAAGGCCAACAUUUCGCCCCUGCUUGCCGAGCAGAACGAGGACACUCGCCACCGUGUUGAGACGCUGCCCUCGGGCGAGCGUGUCAUCGUCGACCCUGCCAUCACCAACACCCGUAUCUUCUUGUGGUUCUACUUCGCUAUCAACAUUGGUGCCGUCACUGGACAGAUCUCCAUGGUCUUUGUUGCCAAGCACUAUGGCUUCUGGCUGGCUUUCCUCCUGCCCACAAUCUUGUUCCUUCUGGCUCCCCUGAUCCUGUGGACCAACAAGAAGAACUACCGCCUUACCCCGCCUACCGGAUCCGUUUUGUCCAAAUUCCUCAAGCUGUGGACGUUCUGCAUCAAGCGCCAGGGUCUGUUCAAGGUUAGCCUCGACGCCGGCAAGCCUUCCAACGUGCCCGUUGACCAGCGCCCGGCAUGGAUGACCUACGACGAUGCUUGGGUUGAUGAGGUCAGGCGUGGUCUGAUGGCCUGCAAGGUCUUCCUCUUCCUGCCCAUCUUCCACCUGGCAUACAACCAGAUGACCAACAACCUGACCACCCAGGCCGGUUCCAUGGUCCUCAACGGUGCUCCCAACGACCUGAUCCAGAACUUGAACCCCAUCUCCAUCGUCAUCAUGGUCCCCAUCUUUGACAAGUUCCUCUACCCCGGCCUGCGCAAGAUUGGUUUCAACUUCACUCCCAUCAAGCGUAUGACGUGCGGUUUCUUCUUUGGCUCGUUCUCCAUGGUCGCUGCUGCUGUCAUGCAACACUACAUCUACAACAUGUCUCCCUGCGGCACGGGCGCCACCGAGUGCGAGGAGGGUCCCGCGCCCAUCAACGUCUGGGCUCAGUGUCUGCCGUACAUUCUCGUCGGUAUCUCAGAGAUCUUCACCAAUGUCACUUCGUACGAGUAUGCCUUCUCCAAGGCCCCGGAGAACAUGAAGUCGCUCGUCAUGUCGGUCAACCUGUUCAUGUCGGCCUUUGCCUCUGCCCUUGGCUUCGCCUGGGUUCCCCUUUCUGAGGAUCCCCUGCUUGUCUGGAACUAUGCCUCGAUUGCCAUCAUCGCCUUCAUCGGCGGUGUCGCUUUCUGGUUCUGCUUCAAGCACCUCGACGCCCAAGAGGAUCAGCUUAACGCCCUUAAGAAGACCAAGUUCAUGGGCAGCAACCAGCCCACCGCUGCCGAGCAGCAGAAGCUGGGCGCUCCCGCCUACGACGAGAACCCCAAGGUUUAA